AUGCGCUGGAUGAGGCUGCAUUUGAGGACACUCGGAAUUCUCGCUAUCGCGGGUUGAAUGUGACGUAACCAAGGGGCAUAGGCAUACAGUGGCGGUUCGAACUUCACUGAGGGAAACCUAGGUUGCAAUAACUUUGGCUUUGUUUUCAUUAUAGUAUACAGUAUUUCCUUGUUUAGUAUCUAGGCAUAUUUAAAAAAAAAAAAAAAAAAAAGCUACAUUAAAAAGCAUAAUAGUUAUUGAUCAUAUUCCUGGAAUGCUGCAUGGGAGAACUCGUACAGUGUUCCCGGAUAUAUAUUGUUUUGCACACACCAUGUUUGAACUGCAUAAUUGCUCAUAACUGUUUGAAACAUGGAGAAUGAGGUUUCGUGCAGGUGAACUGCAUUUCCCACAAUCCCUUCCUCUUUAAAGGGGCAGCGACAAUGUUUUCUCCAGAACAGGUAGGGCGGGAUUCUAUUGUUUCUACAGGUGCUAUGGAGAGAGGGGAGAGGAACUGAAGUCAGUAUAAAAGCACUGUUGGCACUAAAAGGGGGAGGGAAAGGACAAUUUGUGAAGGAGAGGCAGGUGGAUCAGACGGCUCACUGGAUGACGGGCACAAAAAAGUACAUUGUGUUGUUUCUGUCAAGUGGAUCACCUCUGAAGUCCCAGGUAAGAAAAGGAUGGGCUUUUUUUGUUCGUUUUUUUUUUGUUGCACUUGUCUUUGAAGACGGUCACCGCCUGAAGGUCUGACAAUAGAGACUCUAAGCAAAGACAAAAAAAGGAUCGAGAACUUGGGAGCAGGGUGGAAAAUGUGAAGAAGUGUGUAACCUUUGAACGGCACAAUUUGACACCUUGACAAACCGUCUUCGGGAACUGGUCGGACGGGAUCGACGUGGACACGUUUGCUCCAAUUCACCCUGCGGUGAGACAUAUUUGCUUGUGUGUAUUGACUUUCCCCAAACCUCAAACGUCACUGGCAUCCCCAAAAGGGCCGAAUACCCCCCAGGCAGCCCCUCCCCCGCCCCCAACCGAGCUGCUCCAGGAUGCAGAACCCGGGACCGGAACAUGACGACACCUUCGACUACCUGUUCAAGAUCAUAUUGAUCGGCGACUCCAACGUGGGGAAGACCUGCGUGGUCCAGAACUUCAAGUCGGGGGUUUUCUCGGAGAAGCAGCAGAACACCAUCGGAGUGGAUUUCACUGUGCGCACUUUGGAUAUUGAGGGCAAGAAAGUCAAGAUGCAAGUGUGGGACACGGCGGGACAGGAGCGCUUCCGGACCAUCACGCAAAGUUACUACCGCAGCGCUCACGGCGCCAUGAUCACCUACGACAUCACGCGGCGCGGCACCUUCCAGUCGGUCAGCGACUGGAUUCAGGAAGUGGAGCUCUACGGGGCGGCCAACGUGGUGCUGGUUCUCAUCGGUAACAAAUGCGACCUGGAGGAUGAGCGCGAGGUUUUGUUUGAGGAGGCCUGCAGUCUGGCAAAAGAAAGGGGCGCGCUCGCUGCCCUGGAAACAUCCGCCAAGGAGGGUCAGAACGUGGAGGAGAGUUUCAUGUUGAUGGCGAGGGAGCUUCUGUCUCGGAACGGCCUCCAGGUCCAGCAGGAUGGGCUGGACAGCUUCAGCAGGCCCAGACUUCUCCUCAGGACUAACUCCCGGCCAGUGAUCGGCACCGUGGGCGCCUUCACAUCGGCGGACAAGAAGUCGUGUUGUUGAGGAUGUUAGACGACGUGACAGUGGAUGCCUAUCGGGACAAUAAGAAUGGCUGCGCAUCACUCAGGAGGUGAUUUGGAAGCAUUGAAGAAUCAAUGCGGAGAACCUUGAAAUUUCUUCCUUUUACGAUCCUACGUUUUCACCUUUUGAGGAUUUGAAGUGCCAGUGUUUGACCCUUCGCCUUCUCUGGAGGAAACUGGAGCAUGGGCGACAGUGGACAUAAAAAUGCUCAAUAAAAGAUUUUUCAUUUG